GUCGCGUUUCUGGGGCACCAGGGGAUCGAGUGGAGUCUACGUGGGGCAGGUCUCCUGGCGCCCGCGCUACGGCGUACCUGUCAGGCCUGGCGCAAGGCAGAGGCCGAGCGCGCAGGCGAAGGUCGAGAGCCAGGCGCAGGCUGGGCGUGCAGAGCGCACGGCACAAGGCAAGCCGGGUGCAGAUAUACCGCUCUCGGUGGAGGCCGAGCGCCAGAGCGUGGUCAACAUCCACAAGGGCCGUGGCCGCUCCAGGCCCACGACGGCAAUUCUGCGCGGCGGUGCCACCGCUGGCCUCCGGCGUGGGCCCAGCAGCGGGGGCGGAGGCGGAGCGCACCGCGCGGGACGCGCGCUCGGCGGGGCCGGGCGCGAGGCACGGGCCGCGAGCGCCAGGCGGAGGCUGGAGCCCAGCCGCGGGCAGAAGGCCGCGCGGGAGGGGCAGCAGGCGAUAGGCACCUGGCUCGGCAGCAGCAGCAGCGGGUGUCACUGCAGCUGCCACUUCGACGCCUCGCCCGACGAGGCCCUCAUCGGGCUGUUUAAAGGGCAGCUCGACAGGUGCGGUCCAGAGCACCUGCACGGGCAGCCGACGUUCACUCCACCCUGCCCUGAGCCAGGGCACACCCGGCUGGAGCUAGGCCUCUCGCUCGUGCUCGGCCUGGUCCUGGGCGCUGUGCUUCGCGAGGCCCUGGAGAACCUGCAUGUGGGUACACGGGUCCUCGCCUACUACGAGCAAGAGGACAAUUACUGGCAUGAACGGAUUUUGGUCGGCAGGAUCACUGCGACGAGAAGGGUGGUGGUCACACCACACUUCGACAUCUACGAGGAAGACUUCGCGGACGCCCUGCAGCUCUGUCCAGUCGGCCCCCUCGGGGGCCUGCCCACGAAGCUCUCGGGCCACAUCCCCCGCAUGGACAUGGACCGCUACAAGCGGAACGAAGCGAGGCUGCUGGCUGAGGGCAAGCAGCUUGCUAGCGAGAUCCGCCAGGAGGAGGGCCUCCCCGACGAGCCACUCGGGGCGUUCGCGCCACCGCCGGCACCUGGCGGUGCUCUCGCCGUUCGAGCUGACGCUGGUGACGCUCCUCGCUGGGUUGCCUUGGAGGCCCGAGCUGGCUACCGACCAGGUGACGAGCUUCCAGCAGGCACCGUGCCCGUUGCCGUUCUUGGAGAUCGGGGGAUCUGUGAGCUCGCCGAUGGCAGCAAGCUGGCCGUCGCGAAGGCCGACACCUACGAGGGCACUCCGACCCCCCGGCAGGAGCGUCAAGCUGCAGAGCAGGAUCUUCGGACUCUUCCUGUCAAGUACGACGCCGGCGGCACCAGGGUCAGGGACUUCGCCGAGGCGGUGGACAUCAUGUCCUCCAACCCGCAGCUGGACUUCCCUGUCCUUGGGCCGCGGACAACCUUGUGGCUGGUGCAGCAGUUCAAGCGGCUGGGCCAGACCCCUUUUCAGCGACACAUGUGGUGGAGGCAGACCCAGAACCUCACCGCCGCGGAUGCUGGAGUUGAUGAACAUCAGUUCCUUUCAGAGCUGCUGGAGAUGGGCGCCGAAAAGGACCAACUCAAUGAGGGCGAGCUCGCGACCUUCGAAGCUGUGUCCCGACGGACGCUACAGGGUCUCAGGCCUGGCUACUCGGAAGUCGAGGCCGCCGGUUCUCGAACAGUCUACCAGCGGGGAAAUAUCUCUCUUCCCAAGAUCGGCGCGGGCAAGGUGGCUCUUACGGAGGUCCUCCCCGCUGACCUGCAGACCAAGCUGGAGACUGGGCGCGGGCUGUUGCGAUCCCCAGUGGAGGCAGCAGCGCUAAUUCGUGAUGCAGGUGCUCCUCGUGCCAUGGGCCCGAAGCUCGGGCGGCUCGGCUACGACUACGGCCGCGCGCUGGGGGAGCUCUACACCUCUGGAGUGAUCGAGGCCAGCUCGGAGCCAGUGUUGGAGGAAGCUGGCAUGUCCCUGAGGAUCAAGUACACGACGGUGAUGGACGACUCGCACGACGAGCUCGAGCUGAAGCGGCACAAGGACCUGAUCAUGGCGACCCGCAAGCUGGGCUCGAUCAGCCAGAAGCGCGGCGAGGCUGUGCUGCUGCAGCUCGCGUUCCGCAACCGCGACACAUGGCGCUUGGCGAACGAGGCCAAGCCGUGGGCGGGCGACAUGGCCAGGACUGACGUGCCGAAGUGGGCGCAGGAGUUCAUCGACGGCGCUGGCACAGCAUCCAGGGUCGACUCGGCCGAGGCGACGACGACCGUCGGCAUCUGGGAGUUCGGCUGGGACAAUGAGCUGCAGGCAGCGAGGGUGCCUGGCGACCUCGUGGAUAGCCCGCAGGCCAGCAAGGGCAAGGACAGCGACGCCAUCCUCUGGCGCGGCGUCAAGGACGGGAACGCCGUGCUGGCGAGAACCGUCAAGAAGAAGGACGCCAUCUGGUUGCAGGUGUGGCACCAGCCGAAGACGCAGGUCCUUCAGCUCAUCGUGGAGCCCGAGCAGAUGGCCGCGGGCAAGACCUGGAUCGUGCAUGCGGCGGAGAAGUGGGCCAACGGCAGCAUCACCAAGGCGGAGAUGGAGGCGGACAAGGCGAAGCACUUCCCCAGGAAAAAGAAGGGCGAGGUCGGCAAGCGGCCUGCCAGCAAGGGCGUCGACUGCGCCGUGAGCCACGAGGUGAAGAAGACGAAGAUUGCGGACGAGGAGGAGCCAGAGGAGGCCGCCGCUAGCGCGGACGAGAGUGCUCAGGUGCUGGCAGGGGUGCUGGUCAAGCCGAGGCCGAAGGCGACGGCGUCCGCGGCCUCGGCGACCAAGGAGAAGUCCUCCUCGCAGCAGCCAGGCGCCGCGUCGUCGUCGCAGGCGGCGGCGGCAUCGGGCACCGCGCCGAAGCAGUCGCCGCCCGCCGAGCCGAUGAGCACGCCUGGAACUCAGGCGUCGGCCGCGCCAGCGCCGAGCCGUUUUGGCUGCUCGAGUGCCCUCUCGGGCGUUCACAUGGGCAAGAGUGCCCGCAAGCGCCCUGCGACCUCCCCAGAGUCUGACAUCGCGUGGGAGUUCCCACCGCGCGGCGCCUCGCACACCACAAGGAUCGGCAGAAUGUUGACUGGAGGUGGCAGCGAUGUCGAGCAUGGCACGUGCACGAUGAUGGAGAUGGCGGUGGCAGAUGUGCCGAGCCUCAGCGACGCAGCGUCGCAAGCCUCAGGGUCGGCAGCGACCACGAUGACAGUUCCCGACACGCAGGCCAGGGCAGCAGAAGGCAUGUCGCUCGAGGAGGCUCUGAGGCUGGGCGAGGAGGCGAGGAAGAAAGCAGCUGCACUGGAGCUGCUCGUCAAGAACCAGCGGGCAUGGAUCCAGCAUGCAACGAGCCGCCUCAGCGCCCUGGAGACCCCUGUCGACUCGCCGAAGACAGCGGAGGAUAUGGAGCUCAUGGCGCAGGCCGUCGCGGAGUCGCAGAAGCUGGCCCUCACCGAGCAGGAGCUCGCGCGCCAGGGGGAGGAGGUUCUCGCGGCAGCCUUGGCCGCGAGCAAGCGCGACGCCGAGGAGAAGGGCAUCGAGGCGACGGAGAGCCCGAACCCCACGGCUCGGCACAGCUGGGAGGCGCCUGGGGGGGUCGACAGCGGCAGCUCGGGUUCGACGCCGUGGCCGCACGAUCGUCAGCCCGACAUCGUAGACUUGGCGGAGUGGCGCGCGGCUCGGCCCCAGCGCAGGAGCGAGGUCGCCGACGCAGGAGCGGCAGCCAGCGCAGCGGCGGUGCCCAGCGCAGGAGGCGCAGCGACGAGUGGUUCCUUCGUCGGCGGCAGCGGCAGCUUCGGGGGCGAGAAGGACGACGAGGACUGCCUGCGAUCGAGCGACUCGAUCGACGAGCUCGCCAUCAAUCAGCUGCUGCUCGACGCCUUCAAGAGCCAGGACGUCAACGAGAUACAGAAGCUCCGCGGCACCGACGCCAAGAUGAUGAUGUCGACGCACCUCGAUUCCUCGCUGGACUCGGUCUUCGAGAUGCCAGCUCCCAACUCACAGAGCGCGCCGCAGGUUGCGGCCAGGGAGUCCGAGCUCGACCAGAUCGACACGACAGGCUUCAGCGAGGACCAGCUGUCGGAGUUGGCCAUGAUGCGCGAGCUCGAGGGCAGCGACUUCAAGUUCCUGGCCCGCGGGAGGGCGGGGAACCCCAUCGCCAGCCGGUUCAACCGCGCGAAGGCCAAGGACAAGCAGCUCGAUGACGCCUACAAGAAGCUCUCGGGCAGCCAGAGCGACCAGUCGGCCUUCAGGGCGGAUUGGGCGCAGAAGGUGUUCACGAACUACGUGAGCACGAAGCGCAAGGUGACGACGAUCUCCAGCACGAAGUACCGCAAAGGGCAGUACAUGCCGCUGGGCAGGGUGGCCCACAAGGAGGGCGGCGGCAAGCUCGGCUGGAUGCAGGCAUGCAGGCUGUUCCUCAGGGCCAUGAUGCUGGGGCCGCCGUGGAUCGUCUACGACGUGGUCACGCAGAGCCUGCGGCUGCUCUACGUGACGGAGGGCAUCAACGUGGCGUUCAACGAGGCGUGGAGCAUCUUCGAGCAGUGGUCCAGCGACGCUGUCGAGAGCGAGGGGGCCGCGAAGAAGCGCGAGCAGGAGCAGCUGUACCUCCACAGCCAGCAGAUGUACCUCCACAGCCAGCAGAUGUACCUCCACAGCCAGCAGCCGUACCACAACAGCCAGCAGCCGUACCUCCACAGCCACCAGCAGUACCUCCACAGCACGCCGCCGCCGCUGACGGUGCUGACCAGUGCGCCAGCGGCGGCGGCGGAUCACCCAGCCAAGAAGUCGAAGUCUGGCGGCGGCAAGGCUGGCGGCAAGGCUGGCGGCAAGGGUGCUUCAGGGCACAGUGAUGACUUCAUCAAGAGCUUGACUUCAGAUGUCAAGAAGGGCAUUGCGAGGUACAACCAGAUCAUUUCGCACGCGCUCACGGUGGUGACGGGCUUCGAGAACGAUCCCCUGUGGUCGUGGGCCAAGACCGAUGAGGGAGCGCAGCGCCUCGUGUCCUUGUACCACUCGAUCCAAGCGCAGAAGACGGUGGACAUGAACAGGGCGCUGAUCGAGCCGCUCCCGAAGUUGCGGAGGGACAUCGGCGACGGCGCCUACGUGACGGCCUUGACCAAGCUCAAUGAGCUGAACACUACGUUGGACGAGAUCGAGCAGGAGUGCACGGCCGCCUACGAUGUGCACAAAAUCAAGAUGCAGCGCCUGAAGGCCCAGUCAGCAGCUGACGGUCAGUAA